AUGUCUUGGGCCCCUCAAACCCUCCCCCCCUCUUCACCCCCUCCAUCCCCUUCCCCUACACAACCAGCACAUCAGCGCGCUUUUCUCCCGAGCAGCAGCCAAGAACACCAGCCGCCACAACGGCACAUCAGCGCGCUUUUCUCCCGAGCAGCAGCCAAGAACACCAGCCGCCACAACGGGUAUAAUGUCUUGGGCCCCUCAAACCCUCCCCCCCUCUUCACCCCCUCCAUCCCCUUCACAUUACACAACCAGCACAUCUCAGCGCUUUUCUCGCGAGCAGCAGCCAAGAACACCAGCCGCCACAACGGGUAUAAUCACAUCUCAGCGCUUUUCUCGCGAGCAGCAGCCAAGAACACCAGCCGCCACAACGGGUACGGCCCGACGGGGGCGGCAGGCAGGGGUGGCAAGGGGGGCGGCAGGGGGGGUGGCAAGGGGGGCAGCCUGAGCCAGCUGGCGCAGAGCCUGCACCCCAAGGGGUGGAACGUGCGGGAGAGGAAGGCGCGGCGGCCCGUGUGGCACAAGGCGCUUGAGAGCACACACCUGGGGCGAUUCUCGCUGGCCAUGUAUGAGGCCAACUAUAUCAUGGAGGACACUGUUGAGGUGCAAUCAUCGAGCCGUGGGGUGUUCAUUGGUAUUCACGAUGGGCACAAUGGGAGCGAGGCCGCGGAGUUUCUACGUGAAACACUAUACAACAACAUCAUGAGCGAGUGCACAGAGGGCAACGGGGUAUCAGUAGAAGCGCUGCGGAGGGGCUUUGACGCGACAGAGAGGCAGCUGGCGGCCAUUGUGAGGGAGGCAUUUGAGGAGAGCCCGCACCUGGCCAUGGUGGGGGCAUGCUCUGUGGCUGCCCUCAUCACCCCCACUGCCAUCUGGGUCGCCAAUGUGGGCGACUGCCGCGCCGUGCUGGGCCAGGUUCGGCAAGUGUCAGAUGGGGUGGAGUGUCGGGCAGUGCAGCUAUCAACAGACCACAACCUAUCAGUGCCGGCCAUCCGAGAGAAGUACAUCGCCGAGCAUGCCGACAUGCCUGACGCCGUUGUUGAGCGCCGCGGCCGCUUCCGCGUCAAGGGCAAAGUCAUGGUCACCAAGGCCUUUGGAGACCUGUAUCUGAAAUCCACCGACUUCAAUCGAGAGCCCCUUGUCUCGCGCUUCCGAGUGCCCGAGCCCUUCAACCCGCCGCUCAUCUCAGCAGACCCCUCCGUGGCCGUGCGCGUCUUCUCUCCGCACGACUCCUUUGUCAUCGUGGCCUCGGACGGGCUGUUUGAGUUCCUCUCCAACCAGGAGGCCGUCAACAUCGUCGCAAGCAGCCCUAAGAAGGACGUGGCUCGCCAGCUAAUCCGGACGGCGCUGCAGCGGGCGGCAGAGAAGACGGAGAUGCUGUACAGCGACCUGCUGCGCAUGCCGUCCGGGCAGCGGCGGGACUACCAUGAUGACAUCAGCGUUGUCGUCUUCUUCCUGGACCAUGACGCCAUGCGCCGCUCCUCCCACAGCUUCUGGAAGAAGGACGUGUCUAUAAAGGGUGGCUCCGCCGCCUCCUCCCUCCUCGCCGCCCCCACAAUCUCCGGUGCUGACGUGCACAACAUCUCCAGCAUGCGUGGCGCCACGUCAGCGCGCGACGCGCUGGCCGUCGCGCGGGCGCAGCAGCAGGGGGAGGCUUCACCUCACGGCAGUGCCAGCUGGCAGGCAGGCUCGGUUUCCGAGGCGCUUCAAUGGCAGGGCAGCGCCACGUGGCAGGCAGGCACAGGUUCCGAGGUGCUUCUAAAGCAGAGCAGCGGCAUGUGGCAGGCAGGCUUGGGGGAAGUAGGAGGGGAGGUUCUAACACAGGGCAGUGAGUGGGAAGCAGCGACACAGAACAGCAUGGGUAGGGGACACGCGGGGGAAGGGAGUGGAUUUGUUAGAGCGGGUGGGUCGGGGAGUGGUAGAGGGGGGGCGUGGAGGGAGGAGGAUAGGAGCAUGUCUGGGAGCCGCCGGUAUCCUGAUGCGCUGGCGGGGCUGACUGUGCCUGAGGAUGCGGCAGUGGAUUGGUCUGCCGUAAGUCCCAGCAGCAGUGAGCUCGGAGCGUCGCCAGCUAAAGCAUCGGGCCCAAUGCCAGUCACCAUCGGCCACCCGGUGGAGCCCAACGGAGAGUUAGUACCGCCAACGGGCCUCUCCACCAAUCCCAGCCCGUCCAGCGAGAGCGGGAGCGCCCGCUCCUUCAAGCCCGUGCGCACGAAGGAGCCGCGCAAGUCCUCCUCCGCCGCCGCCUCCUCGUCGCGCGCGUCGCGCGCCUCGCAGCCAGGCAGCCUUCGCGUGCCCAAGUCGCCUCGCUCCAAUACCUCCUCCUCCUCCCCUGACCAACCUACUACUACGAACGCCGUAGACCAAUCCGGUACUCGCGAGCAGUCCGCGCGGAGCGGCGGCGCGCAAAGCGGCGGAAGCACCCGCCGGUCGCGCCAUAAGGCGAACUCUUCCGCGGACUCGCUGUCGAGCGCUUCCGCAGUCACCACGGCGUCGGACGAUGGCGCGAGCGACGCGGCGGAAUUAGCAGCAGCUCCCGCGGAACCUCCUUCCACCGCCGCCUCGUCCGCGCCUUCCGCUACCGCGCCUUCCCGUAAGAACGCCGCUGCGAGAAAGGAGCGGGCGGCGGAGCGGGAGGGGGACGAGGAGGGUGGGAACGGGGGAGAGGGGGAGGACGUUGGCGCGGGAGAGCGGGAGGGGGGAGGGGAAGAGGAGGAAGACGAGGACGAGGCACCGGCUUUGCAGCGCGUGCAUCGAUCCACCACGGCUCCGCAUUACGAGCGCGUUAAAGGCGCCGCCGCCGCGGACGAGCCGCGGCCGAUGCGUGUGAGCACGAGCUACGACGCGCGGGGCAAGCGAGGGCUGUUACUUUCGCCGAACACACAUCGCGUGGUUUCUUUCGCCAGCGACGUGAAGCUACCUGAAGGGUUUGACGGCGAGGAUGCCGAAGCGUUUAGUCGCAACAGCACGGGGGGGUUGAUGGGGUACCAACAGGUUGGGGGCUUGCCGCGCCCGUUAUCGGCACCUUCGUUAAUAGCGCAACUGAACUCGAUGCUGACGCCGUCGAGAUCCGUGGGGAGUUUCGCGGAGAGCGUUGGUGCCAGCGGUAUCGCGGUGUACGUGGGUCCCAAGAUGCAACUGUUCCGCGUGACGAGGGCGCUGCUCAUGAAGAUCCCCUUCUUCCGCAAGCAGCUGGAGACCACCGCGCCAGAUGGCAAGCUGCAGACACCAGAAGAGGCAUCGGAGGAUGAGGAGGUGUCGUUCAUGCUGGACUGUGAUGAGGCCACCUUCUCCCGCGUCCUCACCGUCGUACAGUACCACAGUCUGGAGGCCCUCCCCUGGAUGAACGACGAGGACUUUUUCCGUCUGCGUUCGGAGCUCGACUUCCUCGGCAUCACCCUGCCCCCCGGCUCGCCCUGGCACCACCUGCCCUGGAAGGACGAGCGCAAGGCUGCUGCCGCCUCCGCUGCUGCUGCCGCCGCCGCUGCUGCGUCUGGCAUUCUCAACCCCGCUGCUGCGGCUCUUGCUGCGGGGUAUACGUCUAGUUCGGAUACGGAGGAGAUCAGGGAGGUGCGGGGGGGGGCUGCGGCGGCGGAGGGGGGGAUGGCAGGGGGGAUGGCGGGGGGAAUUGGGGGGGGAAUGGCGGGAGGGCUGGCUGGAAUGAUGGGGGCGAUGGUGGGCGGGGGAAUGGGCGUCGGGGGAGGAGUGGGAGGCAUGGGAGGAGCAGUAGCGGGAGCGGGAGCGGGAAUGGGAGGAAUGGGAGGAGCGGGUAUGGGGGGAAAGGGGUUUGGGACGGGGAGGGCGUCGCUGAUAAGUGCAAGGUCUAUGGUGCGGCGCAGUGUGGUGGUGGGCGGUGCCGGGCAUGAGACGCCUCCUGGGGUGGGAGGCGGGGCAGGAGGGGCGGGAGGAGCAGGAGGAGGAGGGAAGGCGUCGCUAGUGGAGGAAGACAGGCUCGAUGUGGUUUACCGGCACGGCAGCGACACAGCAGCAGCAUGCACGUGUCAUGGCACCAAGGGGGCGGACGGCCACUCGCACUGGGUGGUGUCUCUCUUCCACGGCCACGUCUUCUGCGCCUUCUGUGGUCGUUCCCCCGCGUGGCAUCCAAAGCUCUUUGCCGACGUCUUCCUGCUCACGGCCCUCCCUCCCGCGCCCACCCAGCGGGGAGCAAACGCGUUUGUGGGAGGGUGGUACUACCACGGCCGCUCCAGCACUCGCCUCGUGAAGCUGCACUGCGUGGUUGGCGCCAGCUGCACCGCCUGCAGAGCUAGCAUUUGGGGAGUAAGCAUCGAGCACAAGCAUGCCUUCUGUCUACAGUGCAAAGCUACACCCACCAAGCCAGCUAUUAUUGCAAAACUCUUUGUGGAAGCCUUGUGCCAGCCUAAGUAG